AUGAAGUUCUUCAUCGACGACUUACCGAUUAUCUUUCCUUAUGACCGCAUCUACCCAGAACAAUAUGCAUACAUGUGCGACCUUAAACGGACUCUGGACGCAACUGGUCACUGUGUGCUGGAGAUGCCUUCUGGUACGGGCAAGACCGUAUCCCUACUUUCCCUGAUCGUCUCAUACCAACAAUUCUUCCCGACGAAACGCAAGCUCAUCUACUGCUCGCGUACCGUCCCCGAGAUCGAAAAAGCCCUGGCUGAGCUGCGACGACUCAUGGAGUAUCGAAUAUCGCAAGCGGAGACGGAGGAGCAGAGAGUGAAGGAGCAGGGGUUUAUGGGGAUUGGGUUGACGAGUAGGAAGAAUCUGUGUAUACAUCCUGAGGUAUCGAAGGAGAAGAAGGGAAAGGUGGUCGAUGCGCGGUGUCGAGAUAUGACGAACUCUGCGGCUUGUCAGAAGGGGAGGGCGAACCCUGGUUCUGUGGAUCUAUGUGACUUUCAUGAAAAACUCGGCGAACGCGAACCAGGAAACCUCAUCCCACCAGGCAUAUGGACCCUCGCUGACGUGAUGGACUACGGUCGUCAACAGGGUACCUGUCCCUACUUCACCGUCCGUCGAAUGUUGCCUUUCGUCGAUAUCGUGAUUUAUUCGUUCCAUUAUCUCCUGGACCCAAAAGUCGCGGAACAAGUGUCGAAGGAGAUGUCGAAGGAUUCGAUAGUCGUGUUUGACGAGGCGCACAACAUCGAUAACGUUUGCAUUGAAUCAUUGAGUAUCGACCUUACACGACCAAUGCUCGAUUCGGCUGCCCGCAGUGUCAAUAAACUCGGCGAUAAAAUUGACGAGAUCAAAAAGACGGAUGCCUCGAAAUUGCAGGACGAGUACGCUAAGCUCGUUGAGGGUCUUCAAGAUGCUGCAUCAGAUGAAGACGCCUUUAUGAGUAAUCCAGUUCUGCCUGAAGACCUGCUUAACGAGGCAAUACCUGGUAAUAUCCGUAAAGCCGAACACUUCGUCGCAUUCUUGAAGCGUUUCGUAGAGUACCUCAAGACUCGAAUGAGAGUCUUACACGUCGUCGCCGAGACCCCGCUGUCCUUCUUACAACAUCUCAAAGACAUAACCUACAUCGAGCGACGACCGCUGCGCUUCUGUGCAGAGCGUCUUCAGUCGCUCGUCAAGACAUUGGAAAUUAACCGGCUGGAUGAGUUUUCUGCUCUACAGAAAGUGGCGAGCUUUGCUACAUUAGUAUCAACAUAUGAGAAAGGGUUCUUGCUCAUACUCGAGCCAUUCGAAACGGACAAUGCUACCGUACCAAAUCCUAUAUUCCACUUCACUUGUCUCGACCCGGCUAUUGCCAUCAAGCCUGUGUUUGAGAGAUUCAGUAGUGUGGUCAUCACAUCGGGAACGAUCUCACCACUGGACAUGUAUCCAAAGAUGUUGCAGUUCACACCAGUGGUGCAGGAGACAUACGCUAUGACGCUCACUCGUAACGCUUUCCUUCCACUAGUCAUCACCCGUGGCAGUGACCAAGUCGCUAUCAGCUCACGGUUCGAGGUUCGUAAUGACCCCGCGGUCGUGCGCAAUUUUGGGAGCAUAUUGGUAGAGUACAGCAAGAUCGUGCCGGACGGCAUCGUCGCUUUCUUUCCUAGUUAUCUGUAUAUGGAGUCUAUCGUGGCUGCAUGGAACGAUAUGGGCAUUUUGAACGAGGUCUGGAAGCACAAAUUGAUCUUCGUCGAGACACCGGACGCGAACGAGACCAGUAUAGCACUAGAAAACUAUCGACGAGCAUGCGACAACGGCCGUGGGGCCGUACUGCUUUCUGUCGCUCGUGGAAAGGUAUCGGAAGGGAUCGAUUUCGACCAUAAUUAUGGACGUGCUGUCAUCAUGUUUGGUGUUCCUUACCAGUACACCGAGAGUCGUAUUCUGAAAGCUCGUCUUGAAUAUCUUCGAGAUGCUUACCGGAUACGAGAGUCCGAGUUCCUUGGAUUCGAUGCUAUGCGGAACGCGGCACAGUGUGUUGGUCGUGUCCUGCGUGGAAAGACCGACUGGGGAUUGAUGGUCUUCGCGGACAAGCGUUUCGCACGAGCAGACAAACGAGCGAAGCUACCACGGUGGAUCAACCAGUACAUCACAGAAACCGCAGCGAACCUCUCCACCGACAUGGCCCUCACGCUUUCCAAGCUUUUCAUGCGCACGAUCUCACAGAGCGUGGGCGACAACCUGACUGGGGUGUCGCUCUGGACGAAAGAGGACGUCGAGAAAGCUCAGGCCGCUCAGCGAAUAGCCGAGGCUGAGGCGGUGGCGGAGGCUGAGCGGUUAAGGCUGGAAAGAGAGGCCGCAGGGGAUGGGGAUAUGGUGGACGAGGAGGAUGAGUAUGGAGAUGGAGGAUUUUCGGACAGGAUGCUCAUUGAGAUGGAUGUAUGA